AGCAGGAGUUGGUAUUUAUUUGGCGUGUGUUAGAUUGUUUCAUCUUCCUGGAUCUCCACGGAUAUGGCCAGUGACUUGUUUCCCUGAACAUGCAGUAUGAGGAUUUUUCUGGGUUCUUCUACACUGGGUUUGGCUCUAAUUUUAAGCUGGACCCAGUGCAGUUUGCAACUCCUCCAUAGUGGUCAGGGCAGUAACGAUGAAGUUCGGCUCCUUAAGGACCUUUUCGAGAGUUACAACCACUUGAUCAGACCAGUGAGAAACAUUGAGGAUACCGUCCAGGUGAACUUCAGCCUUGCCCUCAGCCAGUUGAUCAACAUCGACGAAAAGAACCAAAUCAUGAAGACUAACGUAUGGCUACAACUGUAUUGGUUCGACUACCAGCUAUCCUGGGACCCAACUGAGUACGGGGGCAUCAAUGUCAUCCGGUUACCGUCCGACAAACUCUGGACCCCAGAUAUAGUCUUAUUCAACAAUGCUGAUGGUAAAUACGAGGUGUCGUAUAAGUCAAACUGUGUGAUAUACAAUAAUGGCCACAUAAACUGGAUUCCGCCUGCCAUCUACCAGAGUUCCUGUACAAUUGAUGUGCAGUAUUUUCCCUUCGACGAGCAGAAGUGUGAGAUGAAAUUCGGCUCAUGGACGUUCACGGGAAAGCAGCUGAAGUUUGCGUGGUACGAAGGGAUGGAUAGGGUCGACCUGAACGAUUACCUGAAGAGUGGUACCUGGGAUAUCAUAGCUUGUCCAGGUCGUAUCGACGACAAGGCGGAUCAACGGACCAAUGAAAUUACAAAGCAAGUGGUGUUUACCAUGGUGCUGCGCAGGAAGACACUUUUCUACACCGUCAAUUUAAUUAUUCCAUGUGUUUUGAUUUCCUUUGUGAGCGUGUGUGUGUUUGCUCUACCGGCUGACGCCGGAGAGAAAAUGACUCUGUGUAUCUCCAUUUUACUUGCGCUCGUUGUGUUCAUGUUACUGGUCUCCAAAAUUCUUCCACCGUCGCUUCGGAUUCCGCUCAUCGCUAAGUACCUACUUUUUACAUUUGUAAUGAACAUAUUUGCCAUUUUCAUAACUGUGAUCAUCAUCAACAGGAACUAUCGAACCCCGCGUACACAUCGUAUGCCCUACUGGGUGCGAAUUGUCUUCCUCAGAUAUCUGCCAAAAUUGUUAUUCAUGGAGCGACCCGACCACGAGGAACGCUGGAAGAAAAGAGAACCUAUAGAGACUCAAACUAUAGACCAAAAUGACACCAGACAAUAUACACUGAACCGGCGAACGGACCUUUUGGAGCUUACGGAAAUUCACCAUCCGAAUUGUAAGCUAAACCCGAAGGCGGCACCCCCAACGUACGAGAAGGCUGUUCAUAAUAGCCAGGAAGGGGUAAUACCCAUGACACCCGAGAUACAUAAGGCAACUGAGUCGUUGAUGUUCAUAUCCCAGCACUUGCGGAGCGAGGAGGAAUAUGAUAAUGUUCGAGAAGACUGGAAAUACGUUGCCUUGGUUUUGGAUAGGCUUCACCUGUACAUAUUUUUGGCUGUUACCAUUGGCGGAACAAUGGGGAUAUUUUUGCAAGCCCCACACAUUUUUGAAUUUGUGGAUCAAGACAAGAUAUUGACAGAUCUCGUUACCCCUUCAUAGUCUAUGUUGGAGAAGAAAGUGAAGGCAUCACAACACUGACCAUAUUUUUGGCCGUCGAAAGUAGAACCGAGCUAUGUCAUGUGACCCGACUGGUAGCAUUAGCCUAUGCAUUUAAAAAACGAGGAAUUACAUAACCCUGAUAGUUGUUUUCUUCUGUCUAUUCAUAUUUUGAUUUGGUUUAAAGUCAUAGUGAAGCAGAUUGGGUGAAAAUCGUGCUAGCUAGGUUUUGGUAUGUAGGAGGAAUCAGACCUAUUAAUAAAGCCUCGAUAGCUUCAAAGGCUAAAUAAAAAUAGCAUAAACAGUCUUAAGAGUGGUACUGGUACUGAAAAUCCAGCAGGAUAAAAGAUAUAUGACGACUUUCAUGUCACUGACGACACUUCCGUUCACGACUGGACAUCUUCUGUUCACGACUGGACAUCUUCCGUUCACGACAUUGGUGUCCCCUUACGUGUGGUUCCGGUUUUCUGUAAGAAUUAAGGGCACUGCUGUGGAAAGGAUACAGUAACGAAAACCAAACAAACAUUAAUAAACAGCUUUGUAAUCUGACUUCAGAUUUCGCGCUAUCUCGUGAGAUCUGGUAGUCACAUGAUCGUCUCAGUAUUUGCCUGCCAUCGUGGAACAACUGUUUUUGUUUUUUCUACUGCCUGUACAUAAUGUACAUAUGGAAGUAACGAUUUGAUGCAAAUUUCCAUCUGUCGUGGUUUAUAACUCAUAUCCGGAAUCUGUUAAAUCCCGGAACAUGGUGGAAAUGUAUAUUUCUUCUUAGCAAUAAACACUGUACAGACGUUGCCGUGUGAACCUGUUUUGUGUACGGAGACGUAAUUACUGCAGAUUUGGACUGAGUUAAGCUAUUUGUCUGUUUUUAUUUUCACAUGUGCUUUUUCAACAUUGGUUUGUAAAUUUUUAUUAGAAAUAAUUUAGAAAUUAUAAAGAAGGCAAAGUGUGAUUUUAGUUGAAGUUCAGAUAUUUGUGGUUAUCAUUUUUUUUUAUUGCGAAUCAUUGAAAAUGAAGGUAUAAGGAUUGAUGAUGUACCAUUUGUAAAUUUAUUAUUUUUUCUCCUUGUCGACUUAUGUAACGUACCAGGCGUUUCAUUUUUAAGGAACUCAUUUAUCUAAUAUUUAUUGUGAAGUGUUUAUCAUUCGUAUCAUCUUUGGAGAUUUUUGAUGUGGAAAUCAGGUCAGGUUUGUCAGACAGCUUGUUUCACUUUCACCGUUUGCUAAUAUAUUUGUUUCAAAAUAAGUAUAUAGGUGUGUUAUUCAUGUAGGGAAUAAUGUUUGUGUAUGUAUCUAGAGGGGUAAGGACCAAAUGCUUCUUUUUACCUCUAUGACCCGGUUCGAGACACGUGAUCAUUCUCGCGUGGACUACUCAUAUAAAGGUGUCUUCAGUUUUAAAUAAGCUUUGUUGUUGUGUCUGAUACAGCCAAAAAUCUUGCACCCUUUACAAAGUGGAAUUGCUGACAAUUUGUGUGAUUGUUUUGUGAAAAUACGCGAGAGCAUGGAAUAGGUUAUUUAGCUGUAGUUUGUCUUCUACAAACUACAAACUGUGGCACUUAAUAACUGUUCUGUUGGUGUCUCAAGAUCUUUAGUAAAUCGUAUAUGUGUAUAUGAAAGAAGUAAGGCAUUUUGCCAUUGGUUCGGAAGCAUAUAAAAUAUAUCUUUAUAACAACUGGUUAAUGUACAAAGGAGCGGUGUUUCUGUAAUGCGGGACAUUUGUCUAUAUAUGGAUGUUAGACAUGAAACAGCCAUCCUUUUGCAACAGCAUUGUAUAAAGGCAAUUAAGAUUUGUUAUUUUGGAUUAUAAGUAUAUCACUGAUGAAACAUUGCUGAAUUUUAUUGUUACCAUGAUGGCUAGAUACUGGAAUUAUGAAUAAAAGUGUAAAAAUGUGAAACACGACUUGACACCACUUCAAGUGAAAAUUUGAUCUUUGUUCAAAAACAAUCACAUAAAACUAUUCCGUUCUUAAAGUGGGAGCCAUAUAGUGUUCAGCAUUUAAACACUUGAUUUUACAGUGUCAGGUCAGGUUUAUGAGAGGAGCACAUCGGAGCAUCCUAAGUAAACCAUCGCCCUUUGACAAGUUACUGACAAACAAACCCUCAAUGGUCAAGCCAGCGAAUUAAUUAACUGGCCACAUAUAUAAACUGGCGACUCACUGUGUUUCUAGACCCCAGAUGCGACUGACUGGUGUUUCUACGUCCCAGAUGCGCCUAGUAUAUAAAAUGGUAACUAUAGUCUAUCUAUUUUAGAGAGUCAACUAUAUUCAGCUGUCUGUAAAAUCUUAUUCUCGUUACCAAAAUUGCCUUUAGCCAGUGUCACGUAACAACUCGAGCUCUACACAUUGAUAAGUUGGACGUCCAUGUUAUUACAAAGAAAUUGCAGAUAGAAUAAUUUUUCUAAUUGAUAAUGUUAACCUCCAUAAGCUCAUUUUCGACAGCAAGAACGCAUUGCCUCAGGUGACGUCAUAAUUAUUCAAAAUCAAGUUACAUGUUGGACAAUGGGCGUGGAGAGUAAUUUGUUUUACAAUGGCUGCACCAACCAGCGGUUAGAACAAAUUCCAUCCAAUAACACCGCCUAUACUACUGUCUCUGUGAAUAACUAGAUCGCCUUAAUUUCCUAGUAUCCAUCUCUAAAACUAUACUACCGUGAGAUCAUAUACUACAAGAGAUAAAAUAAAAUUCAUUUAUUACGGUUAUAUUAUAUUCAAACGUGCAAACGAUUUCAAAUAUGGCAGUGUCAGAAACAGGGUUUACGGUAAACUCGACAGCAGUUCAGGUAACGGGUGUCUCCCUCCUUCAAUACAUGUUGAAUUCCGCUUAAUACCCAGCAUGCCACUGGUUUUUUGGUAAAUAUGACGUCACCCGAGGCAAUUGGUUCUUGCCGUCAAAACUGAGCUCAUGGACUUUAACAUUAUAAAUUAGAAGAAGUGUUCUAACUUCAUUUUCCUAGCAAGAAUAUAAAACUUAAAACGUAUCCAUGUGUACAGCUUGUGCUGUUACGUGCCCUUUCGGCAUACUGUUAUUCAGUUAAGGAUGAUUAACAACGCCAAAAUUGAAGUUGUUUCUCUUGUCGUAAAGGAGGCAUGGCAUAUCAAACAUUGCUCUCAUCUCAUCAUCUUCCAUAAAGUAAAAUGGCGACUGUCAUGACACUUAUCUCUUUUAAAUCCUGGUUGGCAAUUUAAUUUAAUAUACCUUGGUUUUAACGCGCGACGCAGUAUCCCCAAAGUCUGCUCCCUUUGCAUUGUUUUCAUGUCUAUGAAUGAAAACAACGACAAACGACAAACUAAUAUCACUGAACUUUUUGACCUAAUUCUGUUAAAAACAUAUUGCUAAUGGGCUGUAUAAGUUGUUACUAUUUAAGCAUUUACAUUUCAUUGUAUUGCUGGAAUAAAAUCCUAACUGACAAGACGGCCGGAUUUCACCGCUUACGUCUGACCAUUUGCAACUGCCUUUGGAGCUCUUUGCUGUAUAGUUAUUUAUACAAAGCUACUUCACUGAGGCGAUGUUGGUUAGGGGUAAGAUUUUGUAACAAAAAACCCAGCCGUGGUCAAGUAUAUUUCACGAGACUGAAGCCAAGACGAAUGCAAAAUUAGAAUACUUUACUUGAUUGUCAGCUCUGGGUCUGGUUAUAUCGAGGACAACCGUCUUCAUUUUUGGAACUGGUGUGGUCUACAGCAAUCAAAUAAAUAAAUUAUGGCUUGGAAAUGGUGUAGUUGAUCAACCGUCUAGAUGUUUACACAUCACUUUAUGGGUUUGCCACUGGUGUAAGUUGAUCAACCCUUUAGAUUUUUACACAUCACUUUAUGGGUUUGCAACUGGUCUGGUUGAUCAACCCCCUAUAUUUUUACACGUCACUUUAUGGGAUCGGAAGUGAUGUAUUCGAGCUCCUGCCUGGGUGUUACUUUAUGGAUUUGGAACUGGUGUGGUUCAUCAUAGAUUUGUAUACCUCUGGUUUCCUCCAUUCAUUCAUAUAAAAGGAAAACAGUAAUGAAAUAAAAUAUAAAUA